AUGGCACGCAAACGCUUUGAGCAGCUAUGUAAGUACAUACACUUUUUGGAUCCAAAUUCAACAAAUGAGACAGACAAAUUGUACAAAGUUACGCCUUUCAUCCACAUUUUGCAACACAACUUACCCAAACUAUUUAAUCCCUGGCAAGCCCUCUCUGUGGAUGAGGCAAUGAUCAAAUUUGACAGUAGACUUUUAUGGAAACAGUACAUGCUGAAGAAACCAGUGAAGUGGGGAAUUAAAAUAUGGUGUCUGUGUGACUCAUUGACUGGUUACUGCCUUGCUUUCAAUGUGUACACAGGUCGGGAGGGGCUGGGGGACGAAGCAACAGAGCUAGUAAUGAAGCUCAUGAGAGGCUAACUAUUGUCACACCACCAUCUUUAUGCAGACAACUUUUUUUAUUCCAUUCCUUUGGUGAGAGACUUGCUUGAUACCGACACCUAUUAUUGUGGCACAGUAAGGCCCAAUCGUAAGAACUUCCCCAAGGCCAUUAUGGAUGGCAAGCUCCAGAGAGGUCAGUGUGAAAUGGUCUGUAGAUAAUGUAAUGGCGUGUCGCUGGAGGGACAAAAUAAAUGUGUAUUUUCUGUCCACGAACAGCUCAGGAAGGACAUCCUCAAACCAGUGUCUAAGUUCAGGCAGAACGAAAUUAUAUCUGUUGCAGAGCUUGUAAUGGAUUACAACAAGAAAAUGGGCAGGGUUGACCAUCUUGACCAGUUCAGGAGCUACUAUAAUGUUGGACGCACAGGGAGAAAAUGGUGGAAGUAAGUGCUUUUUGGGAUGCUCAACAUUUCCAUCAUAAAUGCGUACAUUGUGUGGGGGACCCUGCAAAGGCCCCGGCCUUCCCAGAAACCGCAGACGAUGGUCCCUGAAGACAUUCAAAAUGCAGCUUGUGCAUUCUCUUUGUGAUGGCUACAGUGGCAGGAAGCCAUCACAGUUGUAACUCAUAAAUUGAAAGCACUCCCUGGUGAUGUUUGAAGGGCGCAAGAGAAGGUAUGAGAUGUGUAUCCAGAGUGGACGCAGGGCAAAGAGUGGGAGAUGUGUAUCCAGAGUGGACGGGAGAAGUGUAGAAAGAUCCUUUAGGUGCUGUACAUUUUCUGUGCCGAUUCAGAAUAUAUCAUUUUCAUAGUCAUGGCACGCUUUGUGUAAGAGCUAUCGAAGAUUGAAAUCCAAAAUCGUUUAUAAAAAAUCUAUUUAACAAAAUGUGGAUUUUUCUCCAUCCACCCCUGAUUCAGAAUAUACCAUCUUCAUAGUCAUGGCAUGCUUGGCUCAAUAUCUAUUGAUGAGAGAAAACCGAAUAUCCAAUAUAAAACACAUUUUACCGAGGUCCAUCUAUGAACAUAUUCAUGAAAGUAUUUUUGUGUACUCUAUCCUGUCUGAUUAUCCAUCAGUCUAACAUACAUAUGCACACCAUGAACUGAAAAAAAAUCUGGCCACUAAGGGCUUCAUAAAAUAAUUUUGAUUGUUUGAAAGUUUACCCGUGUGGGUGUGGGUGUGUGUGUGGAAUGGGAGGCGUGUAACUGUAUCACUCAAUUUAUUAUGGAAACCCCUAAAAGGUGAUUAUUAAGAAGAGAGUGUGUGUAUGGAUGAGAAAAAGAAAGAGAGGAAGGAAGAGAGAGACCGUGUGAGAGGAAGGAAGAGAGAGAUUAUGUUCCUGACCACAACUUUAUCCUAUUUGUUGCUCCGCUCCUCUCUCUCUCACUCUCUCUCUCUCCCUCUCCCUCUGUUACUCUGUUCCUCCAGGUCAGUGAAAGCGAGGGAAGUGAUGUAGAGAGUCAGGGCUCAGCAGCAGAAGGCAGGGAGGAAGAGGAGUUAGAGAUGAUUGGAGAGAUAUAGAUGUGGAGUGAGGAGGGAGGAGUGGAGCGUGGGGGAGAGAGGAAGAGGAGAGUGAAGAGGAGGGAAAGGAGAGUGGAGGGAGAGAGGAAGAGGAGAGUGAAGAAGAGGGAGAGGCGAGUGGAGGGAGAGAGGAAGAGGAGAGUGAAGAGGAGGGAGAGGCGAGAGGAGGGAGAGGGGGAAGCAGAGAGAGGAGGAGGGAGGGGAAGAGGGAGAGCACACCCGAAAGGGGAGCCUACGUUUCCAUGGAGUGCGUCUGCCCCAAGUCCCACCAUUCACCCUUUUACCACACAGCCUGGGCCUUAAGUGACAGUGGCAGGGGUUUUGGAGUCUUGAAGCAACUGAGCUCGGCUUAGCCUAAUGGAGCUCAUGAGAGGCUAACUAUUGUCACAACACCAUCUUUAUGCAGACAACUUUUUUUAUUCCAUUCCUCUGGUGAGAGACUUGCUUGAUGCCAACACCUAUUAUUGUGGCACAGUAAGGCCCAAUCGUAAGUACUUCCCCAAGGCCAUUAUGGAUGGCAAGCUCCAGAGA